CUUUAUUUUCUUGAGCACUAUACUUAUCACCUGUCUCACUUUGCAACAGAAAUUUUGAGCUCAAUUGUGUAUCUCAUAUCUGUAUUUGUCCGUAAGGACAAUAAAGAGUAAUGAAUAAAACACACACAAUAAAAAGCAACUUCUAGGGUAAGUAAUAUCCAAAAGUUAAUUUUAACCAUCCCACCCAACACAACGCAACACAAAACAGUUGCAUUUGAAUCUGGUAGGAUUGUUACUAAUAAACAUUUAUAGAAGUGGAUUAAUCUUUGAAGAUCCAGCUAGACCAGGGUGUCAAACUCAAGGCCCGUGGGCUGAAUGCAGCCCACAGGGUGAUUAGAUCUGGUCCAUGGGCCAGCCUGGAAACAGCAAAGGACCAUCCCAUGGUGCCUCUGUCAGUAAAAAGGGAGCUCAGGGGGACCACACACAGUCCCCCCCUGCACCCCAUUUUUACUGGCAAAGGGCUAGCAAAACAAAAAGAGAAAUGUUUCCCCUUUUGAAUUUGAGCAUGCAAGAAGGAAAUGGAAAGGAGAAAAGGAAAGAGGAAAGAAAGAAAAAGAAGAAAGAUGGGAAUAGAGCAAAGAAAGAAAAAUAAGGAAAGACGGGAAGGAAGAAGAAAGGAGAAUGAAGAGGGAGGGAGGGAGGAAGCGAGGAAGAGAGAUUAUAGAGAGUGAGUGAGGGUCUCAGGGAAGUCCUGCCUUAGCCCCCUGACACAAAUGACAUUGAACUGACCAUGCCCACCAUGGCCAUGGUCACCCCUGCUACCCCCCCUCCCAGUCCUCCGAGGUGAAACACAACCCUGAUGCGGCCAUCAAUGAAAUCGAGCUUGACACCCCUGAGCUAGGCUAUUGUUUGAAAAUCCUAAGAGACUUCCCCUCAAGAGGAUUUGCUCUUGUUGAAUGUUAAUCUGGUAACACUUUCUGACUUAAUAAAUUCUAAUUAAGUACAAUAACAACAAUACGACUUUUCUCUAGAUGCUUUAGGGAGAACAGAGUGGGAAUUGAACCAAUUUAUUUUAUGAAAAUUAAUACCUUAAUCCUAUAGUCCGUUCAUGAUGUUAAUUCAUCUAUUGUCCUUGGUGUUAUUACUCUUUCAUAACUGAAAAUAAUGACAUAUUGAUAUCAACAAAAUACUCUAAGGGCAGUCUUCUGAGUAAAUGCCUACAUAAUUCUCUUUUGGUAUAACCUUAAAACAUUAAUAUGGGAACAUUCCACCUUUUUUUGCAGAUCCUUCAAGAUUAUGAAUGGCAUGAAUAUUUCUGCUGCACCUUUUGUUGGCCACCUGCGGUUUGGGUAAUGAGAAGAAAAAAAAAUCGACUUCUUGAGAGAAAGCUAUUGAACAGCCGAUUCGUCUGUUGCUCAGAGUGAUCUCAGAUAGAGAAGAAUCCAAUAUGAAUACAUCACUUCUCUCCCUCACAGGAAAUAAUUCUAUUCAAAAUAACUCCAAUGAGGCUCGUGGUCUCUUUCAUUUCCAGGACAUUGACUGUCAUGUGCCUUUGGCAAUGGUAUUCACCUUGGCCUUGGCUUAUGGAAUUGUUAUCCUUCUUGGCAUUUCUGGAAAUCUGGCAUUAAUUAUUAUAAUCUUGAAGCAAAAAGAAAUGCACAAUGUGACCAACAUUCUCAUUGUCAAUCUGUCCUUUUCAGACCUCCUAAUAACUAUCAUGUGUCUUCCUUUCACAUUUGUAUAUACUCUAAUGGACCACUGGGUUUUUGGGGAGACCAUGUGCAAACUUAAUCCUUUUGUGCAGUGUGUCUCUGUCACAGUCUCUGUUUUUUCCUUGGUCCUCAUAGCUAUUGAACGCCAUCAGCUGAUUAUAAACCCUCGCGGCUGGAGGCCUAAUAACAGACAUGCCUAUGUUGGAAUUGCCACCAUCUGGAUCCUAGCAAUAGCCUCAUCUCUGCCUUUCCUAGUAUACCAUGUUUUAACUGAUGAACCUUUCGUUAAUAUAACCAUAGAGGACUACAAGGGAAAAUAUGUAUGCUUGGAUUCAUUUCCAUGGGAGUCAGCCAGAUUGUCCUACACUACUAUUCUCUUGGUCAUACAAUACUUGGGGCCCCUUUGUUUUAUAUUCAUUUGCUACUUAAAGAUCUAUAUUCGAUUAAAAAGAAGAUGCAACAUGGUGGAUAAGAUGAGGGAUAAUAAAUACCGGUCUACCGAAACAAAAAGGAUCAAUAUUAUGCUGAUCUCGAUUGUGGUGGCAUUUGCCGUUUGUUGGCUGCCACUCACCAUCUUCAAUACGGUCUUUGACUGGAAUCAUGAAAUUCUCCCUGCAGCCUGCAGCCAUAAUCUGCUCUUUUUAAUCUGUCACCUUACAGGUAUGAUCUCGACCUGUGUGAAUCCCAUCUUCUACGGAUUCCUCAACAAGAACUUUCAACGGGAUCUACAGAUUUUCUUUCAUUUCUGUAAUUUCCACACCAGAGUCGAUGACUAUGAAACAAUAGCCAUGUCUACAAUGCACACAGAUAUUUCAAAGACUUCCCUGAAGCAAGCCAGCCCUCUCACUUUCAAAAAAUUUAAUGAGCAUGCUGAUGAAAAAAUAUAGCUGCUGUGUCAGGACUGACAUGGUUUCAUGAACGAACACCAGAUUUUAAAGAGGCUUAUUUUUCUUCCACCAACUCUGAAAUGUCACUUUCAUGUUUCUGCUGUUGCUGAUUUUUUUUGUUGCAUGUUUGCUAUUUUUAAAUGAAGAGUUCUUUCUAAUAUUAUAGAGUAUAUUGACACUUUUGCUGCCUGAAAUGGAAUUUCUUUUUGCCCCUAUUUCUGCUUUCAUAUAUUUAUCAAUUAUUAUUUAAGAGUAUUCCUUUUACUGAAUAUAUAUCAGUAGUGAAAUCCAAUUUUUUUUUACUACUGGUUCUGUGGGCCCGGCUUGGUGGGCGUGGCAGGAGAAGGAUACUGCAAAAUCCCCAUUUCUGGGGGAAAGAUAUUGCAAAAUCUCCAUUGCCACCCCACUCUGGGGCCAGCCAGAGGUGGUAUUUGCCGGUUCUCCGAACUGCUCAAAAUUUCUGCUACCGGUUCUCCAGAACCUGUCAGAACUUGCUGGAUUUCACCCCUGAUACACACACCCACACACCCACACCCACACCCACACCUAGAGAGAGAGAGCGCGCACACAAUAUAUGCUAUUAAUACUUUUUUCCAAAUUCAAUUGUGUUCAGUUAUUGGAGACUGCUUAGACACAUCCUUGCAGUUUUUAUAUAGAAUUAAAAAUUCUGAGAGAAAGCUGUACAGUAUUCAAUAAAGCCUUCUAUUUAAAUUUUAUUUUCAUACUGAACUCGUCCAAUUUUAGUCAUAUAUUCUAGGAGCAACAUAUUGAGAACAUUAAAAUCAAAGUGUAGGAGAUGGACAGGCUGAGCCCAAGGGAGAGGUCAAAUGUGUCAUCAGUCUCCAGUCACUUCACAUCUACAAGAGAUCAAAGUCCAGCCCACCUUGAAUUCCAUUGAUACUCUUAUCUACCACCAAUUUACUUUGGCUGUUAGUAGUUCAGAUUCUUGUAGCGAGCUUAAGGUUGCAAUAAACCUUUAUAUUCAUUUGAA